CCUUCUCCUCCAGGCCACCGCAGGAGCGUGGAGAGCGUGCGCUUCAGCCCGGACGGCAGGCAGCUGCUCUCGGGGAGCUGGGACAGCACAGCCAUCCUCUGGGACCCUCAGUUAGGUCACAUGUUAAGAGUCUUCUCCGGGCAUCGUGAUGCUAUCCAGACCUGUGAUUUCUCCUCCGAUGCUCGUUGCCUGGCAACUGGUUCCUGGGAUCAUACAGUCAGAGUCUGGAAUUUACAAUCUGACAUUCAGGACAGAAUUUUGGAAGGCCAUCGGGGCAAUAUUACCUGCGUUUGCUUUUCCACAUUAGGAAUGCUGGCAUCAGGCUCCUCGGACAGAAGCGUGAGGAUCUGGGAUCCUCGCAGUGGCGUGCUCGUUUUCCUUCUCGAGGGGCACACGUGCUGGGUGAAAAGCAUGUCCUUCUCUAGAAAUGGGCUACUGCUGGCCACUGCAGGAUACUCAGAAAUGGUGAAAGUGUGGAACUGUGAGACGGGCGAGUGCCUAGAAACUUUAGAGGUGAUGUUGGACCAAGCCUCCAGCUGCACGUUCACCCCGGAGGGCGACCUCUUACUUUCAGGAGCUGUUUGCCAAGAUUAAAUGAGCUGCAGGUGGGAACAAACCUGGAGGAUGCUGCCAGAACCCAGCUUUCUGAUCAAAACGGGAAAAGGGAUGGUGAGCGAUUGCAGGGAUGGCAGCAGCAUGCUGAAGACAACUGCAAAGUACGAAGCGGAUGACUUGCAGAUGCUAGUCUGCCUAGUGAGACAGCAGCAGCUCAUUCCUAGUCACAGGUGUUCCAAGCUCCAGGUGACCCUUAAACAGCUUUACCAGCUACCGUAACUACUUCUGGAUUGUAGGGUUGAACCACUAACAUAAUUCCAUUUCCAUCUCUAUAAGGAAUGGAAUACGCAGCAUUGAAAGAACCUUAUUAACAUAUAUUUCUUUGGAGUUAACCAUGGAAACAGCAGCUUUUGAGAUCUAACAAUCCAUUGAUUACGUGGUGCUGUCAACUUAACACAACAUCACAAAAAUUGUGAUUACCUGAGCUGGGAAAGCAGACCAAAACAUUUUUUUUUUAUGUGGAACUAAAAGGUCUGUUGAAGAUGCCCAUGUAAGUGGUAGCAGCGCUUUUCCUCAAAGAAGAGGAGGCACUUACUAGGUCAUAUUGCAAAGAUGACAAACAAGCCUGCAAGUUACAGAAAUUAAUAGAUUUCAAAGAAAAUGCUGCAGUUCUUAGGUCAUAGUUUAUGAGACCAGAAAUCAACGUGUACGUGCUCUACUCUCCAAAUAUAGAUUUGCUAUAGCAACCACCACCAAUACUCCGCUUUAUGCGCCAAGACUUGUAACACGACUCACGCCUUAACUUCCAAGCUGCUGUAUCUCCACCAAAGUGGAGCACAAGGCAUUAAUAAUUUCAUCCCAUAGCUGCACUGGUAGGAGAGUCCUUUGCUUACAGCUUCAAAUACAUUGCUCGUCUCUGCAGGCAAUAUUCCAGAUUCAUCCCAGAGACGGACCAAACCCCUACAUUUGCAAAGAAGGCUGCAAGCCCUCCAGCCACCACUUGGAGCUGCUCCAGGAAGCAUCGAUCAGAUUAGCAACCAGUCAUCUGUGAAAUGCCUGCCUCAUGCCAGGUGGUUCAACUAGGCAAAUCAUUACACCUAUGGCAUCUAUCCUAGCAGUUGAUACAUUGGGAUUCUUUAGCGCUCUAACUAGUCAGGCAAAAAUCCAAAAUAAGCGCUGACAGAAGUCUUCAGUUUCAAUGAAAUCCACUAAGACUCCUCAGCAAAUUAAUUCACCUACACAGCACUUAAAUUGUGGCACAAGAGAAAACCAUUAAACAUUACUUCCACUUGAGCUACGGGCAUGACAAAUACCAAUCUACUGUAAAUAUCUCCCUGUAAAGUUUUGAUUUUAAAUAAAUUUAAAUACUUCUGCCUCACAUGUUAGGUUGAACCUUCUUCAGAGCGAAAAAAAUCUUAAAGUACUAGCUACAUAUUUUCACCAGUAAUAAAAAAAUUAAACC